AUGAUUAGGGACGGUAGCGAAAAGGAGGAUAAAUCUUUUGUGAGGGUUUAUAAAAAUAAAGAUAAAAAUAAAGAAAUAUAUUUUGAAACAAUUCGAAAAGAUAAAUAUAUUUGUGUAGAAGUCCCAGGAAGAAUCAAAAAGGGUUCUAAUGGAUUAUCAGCUGUAGAAAGUUUAGGAGGGUUACAUAAAAUUACAGAAGUAUUUAAUCAUCAUAAAAAUAAAUAUAAUUAUGAUGAAACUAUAGUUUUAAGAAUUAAUAAUAAUGAUAUGUAUUCUUCUUUCAUAUCAGCUACAUGUACAAAAGUUAAUAAUAUAUUAAUAAAAAUAAAAAGAACAAGGAAAAAUAAUUAUAAGUUUGAAUUCAUUGGCUUUGUUAAAUACUUUUAUUAUUUUAAUAAUAUGAGCGAUUUUUAUUAUAUUCCAUCAUUCUAUAAUAGAUAUGAUUAUAAUAUAAACUAUAUUCAUUUUUUACAAAAAGGAAAGACACCUCAAAAAAAAAACAUAAAUACACAACAAGAAAAAAAUGAUACAGAAGAAAAAACAAAAAAAAACAAGAAAAAAAAAAAAAAAAAAAAAAAACAGAAAAAUGAAAAUAUAAAAGAUGUAGAUAAACAAAAUGAAACAUAUGAUCCAAAUCAAAAAUAUCAAAAAAAUGUUUGUGAUAUAAAUUUAUUAAAUAAUGAGAACUUUUUUCUUUUCAAUAAUAAUCACAUAUAUAAUAGUAUGAAUAAUACACAAAAUGUAAAUACAAAAAAUAUGAUAAAUUAUUAUAAUUCAAAUGAAGAAUUAAACGAAAUUAUAGAUAUAGAAAAAUGUAAAACAAAUGAAAAUAAUUUAUAUAACAAUAUAGAUUAUAAUUGUAUAAAUAUUGAUAAUAAUAAUAAUAAUGACAAUUUUGAUAAUCCAAGUGAUAUGCAAAACGAUCAAAUUUAUUGUAAUAACUCAUUGAAGGGCUCGCAUAAUAUAAUGAAUAAUAAAUUAACACAAUUAAAUGAAAAUACAGGCCUUCCCGCAUUUUCACCUUAUGAACAAUUUUCAUCUUUUCCUUAUCAUAACGAAGAAGUGGAAUUGUUAUAUAAACAACUGGUGGAUAAAAAAAUAUUUAAAGACGAUGAUUUGUCAUAUGAUGAUGAUAAUUAUAAUAAUAAUAUAAAUACAGAAAGAAAUUAUUCCUCAGAUGAAAGUGAAGCGUAUGAAUUACAUUGUUCUAUUCAUAGUAAAUGUAUAAAUCCUUAUGAUUAUAAAAGUUAUGAAUCACAUAUUACAAACAAAUAUAUAAGAGAAUAUAAACAUAUUAUAAGUAAAUUUUCUCCACCUAUUGAUUCAAAGGAGGAAAUAAAACAAGGAGAUCUAGCAAAAUUUUUAAAAGAAUUGAUACACAUACCAAAUAAUGAUCUUAUAUCAAAUGUUUCAAUAAAUACAACAAAUGAUAUGGAUAAUAAAAAUGAUCAUGCUGAUAAUAUAAAUAAGUAUGGUCAUAAUUAUAAUCAUAUUAUUCACAAUGUUAAUAAUCCAAACGAGGACCAUAAUCAAAUGGAUGCAACUAUCAUUGAUGAUUUAUACAAUGAAGAAAAUAAUUUAAUGUUGAAUAAAAAAACUAAAAAUGAAGAUAUAACAAAUUACAGUAAUAAAAUUAUUGUUACAAAAAAACCUGUACAUUGUAAUCCUAUAGCUAAAUAUGAUGAUGAAUAUUUACCUAUCAAUCCUUUUGAAUCAGCUUUAAAAAAAUAUGUCUCAGAUGAAUUAUAUAAUAGAGUUAAAUUACUUUUUGAAAUCAGGCCAAUAUGGUGUAAAGAUGUUUUAUUAGAACAUGUUGAAAAUAUAAGUACAUAUUGUUUAAAAAGCUGUUUCUCAAAAAUUUGCUUUUAUUUUGCUGACGGUCCAUGGAGAAGAACCUAUUGUAAAUAUGGAUAUGAUCCUCGUAAGGAUCCAACAAGUUAUAUAUAUCAAACCAUCGAUUUCAGAUAUAAUCUUAGUAGAGAAAUAAAAACAAAAGAUAUAGAAGAGAUAAAUAAAUGUAUUUCUAAGAAAAAGUUAUAUAUAGAUACUACAAUAACGAAUUUGUUAAAAAAGCGCAAAAAAAAAAAUAAAGUAUCCAAUGUUAUGUUACAAUAUAAUAAUAUACAUAAUCCAGACAAUUUAAUGAAUGAGAAUAUUAAAAAAAGAGAAUAUGAUAUAAAUUAUGAUAAAAGGAAUAAUAUGAUAAACUCACAUUAUAAUAAUGCACAAAAUUAUAUUAUGUUUGGGGAAAACCCUAAUUCUUCAAAUGAGUUGAAUAGUUAUUUAAUAAAUAAAGAAAACAAUAAUUAUAAUAUUUAUCAAAAUGAUAUAUAUGAUAAAGACGAAAAUAUUUUUUUUCAUGAAGAUGAAGAAAUUAAUGAAAUCCUUCAAUUUUUGAAAAAAUCAAAAACCAUAUCUCUUAUGGAACAUUUUCGUUCCGAAGCACAUUUUUCUGUCACACCAUUAAAACUGUCAACUAUGUAUCAGUUUAUAGAUAUAUAUGACAACAAUGUAAUGUCCUUUUUAUUAAAUCUGAGAACACAAAGAGUUUGUUCACGAGAAAAUGGAUGGAUCGAUAGUAAAGAUCUAGCCAAAAUUAGAGACAUUUUAUCAGUCCGAUCCGUUACAUUACGAAGAGCUCAUUUUAAAUGA